AUGAGGCUGACAGAGAUCGUUGUCUUUUCUUUCUUGGUCUACCACUGCCGGGCCGCGCACCUGGAGUCGUACCAACUCCCAGGCUAUGGCUUCAGCUGGUAUGAUUUGGUCUGCGGAUUCGCAUGUAACAACAUCAUUUCCGGCGCAACGCUCGCCUGUACAGCGACAGAACACUCGAAUGGGCAUUCGCAUGGGUCGGGCCCGACGUCUCCAGACUGCUAUGCUGGUGACACAGCAUAUUUGACAACUUUGGCCCACUGCAUGAGUACACACUGUGACCCGCUCAACGAUCCCACCUGGCGCAGAGAGAAAUUCUGGUCCACCAGAAUCACGGGUGACGAGUCGGUGCUUCCUAAAUGGGACUAUACGACGGCGCUCGCUGAGAUCACUGCGCCACCAACGACUGUGUAUAAUGCUAGCUCUCUAGAUGUAUUGAAUCAGACCGUUCUCGUCAGUCAGGCAAGCUACGAGAUGCAAAGCAAUUUUAUGGUCAUGUUUGACCGUAUCGAGGGGCUUCAAUCGAGAUAUAUUUUUAUUCUCCUAUCAGUUGCUCUGGGUGUCCCGAUCCUCUUCACCCUGCUUGCCUAUCUACCAUUCAUGAGCGGCGUCCUCGGCAGAGUACGACCGUAUCUAGUCUAUCCGUCCAGCAUCGGGACAUACCAUGUUCGCCCGCUUCCCUGGCUGCUAGGCAAUGCACCUACCGUGGGACAAGCACUGUACAUCGCCAUGUUCUUCAUCCUCAAUCUAGUCCUCAGCUCCGUCAACUACUCGCGGUCACAGCCUCACCCGUGGUACUUCGGCCCAAGAGAAGAAACAUUGGCAUACGUAGGCUAUCGUACGGGACACAUUGGCUACGCUCUUUUGCCUCUCGUCAUCCUAUUCUCCGGCCGCAACAAUUUCCUCCUCUGGAUCACAAAUUGGUCGUACUCCACCUAUCUCCUCCUCCACCGCUGGAUCGCUCGCAUCUUUGCCUUACAUGUCAUUGUCCACAGCAUCACCCUGCUGCUAUGCUAUCAAGGCUCGGGCAGCUACUCAGUUCAGUCGAAGAUGCCGUACUGGCUCUGGGGCAUUGUAGCUACAGUACUCACAUGUGCCAUGCUGGUGCUCAGCCACCUGUACUUCCGUCGACUAUCCUACGAGUUCUUCCUGAUCCUGCACAUCCUCAUGGCCGUGUUCGUCAUUGUCGGAUGUUGGUACCACGUCAUCCUCAAAUGGGGCCACAAUUUCUACGAUGACUGGCUCUUCGCCGCCUGUGCUGUCUGGUUCUUCGACAGGCUGGUGCGGGUGCUCCGUGUAUUGAAGAACGGGUUCCGAGAUGCCGUCGUCACCGAGAUUGGCUCAGAACAUGUCCGCGUCGACAUCCCUGGUGUGCGCUGGCCCGCAAAACCUGGCACCGUUGCGUAUGCCUAUUUCCCCACGCUCAACCCCUUGAGGCCGUGGGAGAACCAUCCGUUUUCUAUAAACUCAACGGCUUUGUUCCGUGAAUACCCCAGAUCCACACUUGCAGGAAAGAGAACACCUUCCGUGCCGGCAUCACUUGAAGGGGGCCAUUCCUCGUCAUUGGACGAUAACGGACAUCAGGACAUAGAGAAACUCCCAGGCAAAGUCGCCACAACCUCUUCAUCAUCCCCAUUACAAGCAACAAACUCAGACGAACGAAACACCACGCAUUCCUUUUCACCCCCCGGCACCGACGGCGUAACCCUAAUUAUCAAAAAGAACCAUGGCCUCACCCGCCUCCUCCAGUCCCACUCCCGUCUCAUGACCCUGCUCGACGGGCCCUACCCCCAACACGCCAGCACCUCGAUCCUCCAAACUGACCGCCUGGUCCUCAUCGGCGGCGGCAUCGGCAUCACGGGCCUUCUGGCGUUCACGCACGCAUCCCACCGCAACGUCAAGCUGGCAUGGAGCGUGAAAUCCAGCGCCGCGGCCCUCGUGCGCGAGAUCGAGGCCGUGGCGCUUCGUGACGCCGCGCUCGCAGAUAGAGUAGUCGCCGUUGGCGAGCGGCUCGAUAUCGAGGGGAUAUUGCGUCGUGAGACCAAUGCCGGGUAUGCGAGUGUCGGGGUGGUUGUUUGUGGGCCGCCGGCGAUGUGUGACGAUGUGAGGGCGCGGGUUGCAGGUCUGGGCAGGGCGGGUGCAAGCGGGACACGGUGGGAGUUGGAUGUUCUUGCUUUUUCGUGGUGA